CCCAAUCCAGACUCUGCAGCCAGUGCGGUUUGUGUGCAGGACACAGGUGAAAACUUCAAAACACGCCACACUCUCACAGCGACAGCAGAAGACGCAGAGCAGACUGACCCAGCAUGAGCUCACGUGCACCACAGUAUUCUGGAGUGAGGUGCAGUGAUGACGUACCCAGCGUGCUCGCUGAAGACGGCUGCUACACUAAGAGAAAACGAUACGUAAAAAAAGAUGGGAGCUGUAACAUGGAGGUGCGUCACGUUCCAGAAAAGUGGCUCCUCUGGGUCACGGACAUCUUCACCACCCUGGUGGAGAUCCGCUGGAGGGUCAUGUUCUUGACCUUUGCCCUGUCUUACAUUUUAUCAUGGCUCUUUUUUGGAGUUGUGUUCUGGAUCAUUGCACUGACCCACGGAGACAUUAAAGACCCUACCAAUGAGCCGUGCAUGUAUGAGGUUCGAAGCUUUACGGCGGCCUUUCUUUUCUCUUUAGAGACCCAGACCACCAUCGGUUACGGCUUCCGGGGCAUGUCCGAGAACUGCAUGAUUGCCAUCAUUGUAGUUACCAUUCAGGAUGUCAUUAGCGUCUUUAUUGACACUUUUGUCAUUGGUAUUGCAGUGGCCAAGAUGGCCUCUGCCCGUAAGAGAGCCCAAACGGUUGGUUUCAGCAACUGUGCUGUGGUCAAUUUGCGUGACGGGCACCUGUGCCUGUCCUGGCGGGUGGGCGACUUUCGCAGGAACCACAUGGUAGAUGGAAUGGCACAAGCCCAACUGGUGCAACACAAGGAACACGCCACGGGGAAAGUCGACGUUUCAUACAAAGAUCUCAAAAUUGAGGAGAGCAAUAUCAUCCUGGCCACCCCAACAACCAUAGUUCAUAAGAUCGACUCUAGCAGCCCUCUGUACAAAAUGAGCUUGCAGGACUUGAGGAAAGAGAGCUUUGAGCUGGUGGUAUCGUUCACCUACACGGACGACUGCACAGGCACACUACACCAGACACGCACAUCCUACACUCCGGACGAGAUCCUGUGGGGCCAGCACUUUCAGGAGAUGAUCAGGGUCACCCGCAAAAACUACAGGGUGGACUACGCCCUGUUUAACCACACGGUUAAAGUUCUGGUCCCAGAAUUAAGCGCAGAGGAGUAUGACCUUAAGAAGUGCACUGAACAGCCAAAACACAAACCGCUCCACAUAAGGUCUCCAACAGCAGCUGUGGAGUUGGUUAAUGGGAAUAGUCUCGAGGCAGAAAAAGCAUCCACCAGCAGUGCUGUCCAAGAGAACAAGCUAUAACAUUGGUCCUGACAUAUCUUGACUCUACUAUAAAGCACUUUAAAACGGGGCUUCCUCAAAAGGCAUCAAUAAAUGUAACAAUAUUGUAUUUAAACUUAGCUUAAGUAUUAAGGGUGUGCUGUGAGUGAGUGGGACAAUCUUGAAAUGCCCCUUUCUAAGAAAAAUAGCGCCUGGACUUACACUGGAAUCAUCACCUUAAAGCCAUCUGUUUUUUUGGCCUUGAUGAGAAACCAAUAAUUCAGUGUAUUUGAAUUACUGUAUGUUUUUGUGUAUCUAAUGUAGCAGUCUUGCACAAACACACUCUUCGA